UAUAUAUACCAACUAGUCCCACUCAUAUUCCCUCCAUCUCCAAAUCCAAUUAAAUUCUAUACUCUCCAACAUCUUUUUUCUCCAAAUCCUCACAAUCUUUUAUUCAUUACUUCACAAUGCAAACCACAGAGAUUAAUACAGGACUCAAUUAUUUACUCCCAAAUUCAAUUCCAUCUUAUCCAUCAUGUAACUUCAACAUGAUCCAAAACACCUUACCAAAUCCUCAACUUCAAAAAUACUCAAACCAAUUUUAUGGUUUCAACCAAAACCCUCUUCAAAUUCUUCAAGACUUUAGUCCACAAUCCUCAUGCCUAAGUAGCAACUCAACUUCGGACGAAGCAGACGAACAAAAUAAAGGACUAAUCAACGAAAGAAAACACCGAAGAAUGAUAUCAAACCGCGAGUCAGCGCGUAGGUCAAGAAUGAGGAAACAAAAACAACUUGAUGAGCUUUGGUCACAAGUUGUUUGGCUAAGGAAUGAGAAUCAUCAACUACUUGAUAAGCUUAACAAUUUUUCAGAAACUCAUGAUAGAGUUGUUCAAGAGAAUGUUCAAUUGAAAGAAGAAGCUUCGGAACUUCGACAAAUGGUUUGUGACAUGCAGUUACAUAGUUCAUGUCUUCCUUUGAGUCCUUUUCAAGAUGUUGCUAGCAUCACUUCACCUCAUGUUAAAUCUGAUUCCUCAAACCAAUCAAACACAAAUUCUGAUGAUCUUUUAGGAUGAAUUUGAAGAUAAGUCACAAGAGCAAGUUUUUAAUAACUCUUAAUUUUCAUCUUUAAGUUCUUUUGUUUUUUGAGUUCUAUGAGAUGAAACCAUGAAUGCCAAUAACAUGUACGUUUUGAGUAUCUUUAUUUUAAUUCUUAGCUCAUUAGCUUUUCAA